CCAUCUUAGUUGAUUAAACACUUUGUUAAUGCCUUAAUUACUUCCUCCACCUCCACUCCCUGUCUCUUGUUUCAGCUCUUUCUUCUCUCAAUAGCCCAUUUAAAUCCCAAUCCUUCAAAGGCUUAAAACACUCUCACCUAUAAGCCCCCCGUCACUUAGCUUAGAUAUGGACAUGGUGGUGGACACUGUCACUGAAUUCGAACUAGACUUGUCCAAUUAUAACAAUAGCACCACCACAACCACCACCACCACAACCAACACCUCCACCACCACCACCCCAUUACUAGGUGACCAUUGGUGGUCUAACUGGAAUGAUUGGUCCCCAGUCGACGGCUUACUAGUCAUUGAUUGGGACUCAUUUUCUGACAAUCAUGACAACUUCCAUGACCUCAUCGAAUCCAUGAUGGACAACAACAACAACAACAGCGAGCAACAACACGACCCUGAAGCUAAGGUUUUGUCCACCACCGCCACUAUAGAAGUGGAGGAGGAGGAGGAAAUGACUGGUCGUAUCGGAGAUUUUAAAGGACUGAGGCUGGUCCACCUCUUGAUGGCCGCCGCGGAGGCCUUGACCGGGGUCAACAAGAGCCACGAAUUGGCUCGGGUGAUAUUGGUUCGGCUCAAGGACUUGGCUUCUCCAACUGAUGGUACUAACAUGGAGAGGCUAGCGGCGCAUUUUACCCACGCCUUGCAAGGCCUGCUAGAAGGCGGCGCUGGUAAGUACAUGGGUUCCCACCAUGAUCCCCAUCAGACGGACGUCCUUGCAGCAUUUCAGCUCUUACAGGACAUGUCACCCUACGUCAAGUUCGGACACUUCACAGCCAAUCAAGCCAUUUUAGAAGCCGUGGCGCAAGAUAAGCGGGUCCACAUAGUGGACUAUGAUAUCAUGGAGGGGAUCCAAUGGGCAUCGUUGAUGCAAGCUUUGGUGUCUAGGAAGGAUGGUCCACCAGCACCACACCUUAGGAUCACCGCGAUCUCAAGAGGUGGGGCUAGCCGUCGAUCAAUCGGGACUGUCCAAGAGACCGGUCGACGUUUGAUCGCAUUCGCUGCAUCAAUCGGUCAAUCAUUAACUUUUCAUCAAUGCAGGUUAGACUCAAAUGAGACAUUUCGACCGUCCAAUUUAAAAUUGGUAAGAGGGGAAGCAUUAGUGUUCAAUUGUAUGCUAUACUUAUCCCACUUUAAUUAUUGUGCAUCAGAUUCAAUUGCUUCUUUUUUAUCCGGAGCCAAGACCCUAAACCCGAGAUUAGUGACCUUGGCGGAGGAAGAAGUGGGACCCGUAGGCGAUGGAGGGUUUGCGGGUCGAUUCAUGGACUCUUUGCACCAUUAUUCGGCGGUUUACGAUUCACUUGAGGCCGGGUUUCCCAUGCAAAGCCGGGCUCGGGAAUUGGUGGAGCGGGUUUUUUUGGGACCCCAAAUAUCCGGGUCGUUAGCCCGAAUCUAUCGUGAGAGUGGGGAGGAGGAAAGCUGCUCUUGGGGGGAAUGGUUGGGUGCGGUGGGGUUCCAUCCGGUUAACGUAAGCUUCGCCAAUCACUGUCAAGCCAAGUUGUUGUUGGGACUAUUCAAUGAUGGGUACAAGGUAGAGGAAUUAGCUAACAAUAGACUCGUUUUACGGUGGAAAACACGUCGUCUUCUUUCAGCUUCUGUUUGGACCACCCCAGAUUCUAAUUUGUAAAUUUGAAAAAAAUGAUGACAAUCACUAGUAGCUUAUCCCCUUGUAAUAUUCUACUCCUUUGAUAACACAAUCCUAAGGAUUUUAUUU